UUGUAAUUACGACAGUGUUGAUCAGGAGGAUCAGGUAAUGAGGCCCUGCUGCCGAGACGUGGGGAGAGGGGAAGGUGAACAGGGGGCAGUAGGUGAGAGGAGCAAGUGUCAAGGAGAGUUGGUGUGUACUCCACCGGCAUCCGAUGAUGUGUCGGAGAUCUGCCACGUGUCAUUUUCCGUCCUGGGGGAUCGGCUUUCUGCCAACGACGGGCGCGGUACUGGGGAGGGCGGCGAUGGAGGCACAGGAGGCACAGGAGGCGACGGUGGCCGUGAGAGGACAGAGGACGGAUCAUCAGGAUACGCGGGCGAGGAUGGAGAAGGACAUCUGAUCGGAUGUGAAGUAGGGAGAAUACCAUCUAGCCGUGGCAAGGACGAGCACGAGCAUGAUGACCAGAGAGAGGAGGAAGCGGGGUCCCGUGGUUCUCAUGGCAGCACGGAUGGCAGAGCCGAGGACGAUGACGACGACGGCGAUGGCGAGGAGCAUGGGCAACACGAAGAGGAAGGAGAAGAUGGAGGCGAUCGAAGAAGAAAGCAGAGAUGCAGAAGGAAGAGGAAGAAGAUGAGAAGGAUUUGCGAGACCCGUGAGGAGGAGGAGGUGUGUUACAGCGAUAGCCCUGCCAAAACCAACGGCAGCAGUGGAAGUGGAGUAUUGGGGAGGGAGGGGGGGAUUUCCAGCUGUCCUGAAGAGGUUUGUUGCAGCGACAGCCCUUGCAAAAGCAACAGCAGUGGCGAUGGCUUGGCCGCGGUGAAGAUGAAGCAGAGGGAGGUUCCUUUCGGCGAUGGGUUUCUGCUGAUCGCCCACGGAAAGAGAUGCACGAGGAAGAGGGUAGAUAGACUGACUCAGCUUCCUUGGGAUGUCAUGGAGAAGAUUCUCGCUCAAGUCUGUGCCAGCAAUGGCGUCGUGGCCUGUCGCUUGGCCGUGGUGUGCAGAGCGUGGCGUAGUCUACCCCUUCACAGUUUGAUGUGGCAGAAAGCCGAUUUGACAAGAACCACGUGUACGGACACGGUAAUUGCCGAAUUAACCUCGAGCGGAGCGUGGGCAAAUCUUAAGUACCUAAAGCUGAAAGCCUCGACCAUAUCAGAAGCCGCGCUAGCAGAUCUCAGCCGCUCCUGCGCAGAUCUAGAGUCCAUUGAUCUGUCGGACUGUUCUCGAAUCACCGCACUGGGACUGGUAGACCUCUGUGCGGCAUGCAAGAAGUUGAAAUGCCUGCGAUUAUCUCGUCUUGGUGCGGCCGCUUCCGACGCAACCUUAAGGGCAAUCUUGUCGAUGAACUGUAGUCUAGAGGAGCUGAGACUGAAGGGGUGCCAGGACAUAGGUACGGGGUUAUUUCGUGCGUUGUCGGCGGGGCGAGCACCCCAACUCAGGGUGUUAGAUCUGACGGGAGCGGGGCGACGAUACAUAUCGGUGCCGCUGGAAGUGUUGCAGCGAGGAUGUCCGUUGAUCGAGAUCCUACGGCUCUCUGGCCUCGGGUUCAUGUAUGGCUGGCACGUCACUGGGCCUAGCGUUAAAUUGCAUUCGCUGUAUAAACAGAAGCUGGCGGCUGUGAGAGACAGAGGAUGGAGAGCUGGUGUGGGUAUGGAGGUAGACGCAGAUCUUCAGUGGGCAAUAGGAGGAGCAGGAGGUCUAGAAAGAGGAGGAGGAGGAGGAGGGGGCGGGUUCCCGUUCCUCAAGGAACUUGGUGUGUCUGCAACAACGGGAUUUUGGGAAAGUCCGAUGGACGACAUGAUUCUGUGGAGGAUUCUGUGGAGGUCUUUCGAUCUAGAGUGCCUCGACAUUUUAGGGUGUGUUAGGGUUACAGCGAUGGGGUUGGCGCUUCUUCCAGCUACCUCUCUUUGUCGCCUGUGGAUGGGAUGGAGUGGCGCGGCCACGCACACUGGUAUCGCGGUGGCGGCGGAGAGGUGGGGUGGUACGCUCACCGAGAUGCACGUGGCAGGCAGCAGAGCCGUUGGAUCCGAGACAGCCAAGGUGUUGGCAGAGCAGUGCUCCGUCUUGGAAGCUGCCAAUCUAUCGGGAACUGGAUUAAUGGAGGAGGAUGUGAUGAUGAUUAUACGUGGCAAGUCGAGGGGUACUCUCAAGGUGCUGGACACGGGAGGCUGCAGGGCCCUACCCCGAGAACUACGCCUCGGGGGAGAUGGUUGCCUGAGAGCGUUCAAGGAGAAGGGCAAUCGCCCGACACCUGACCGAGGGGUGGGGGGAGUUAACGAGGGGUGGGCCUGGCCUACCAAAUUGCAGCCCUAGAGGGUGUUUUUUUUUUUUUUUUAGGUUGUGCAGGUUGGGGUAUAGGCAGGGCCCUACCCUGAC